AUGUGCCUGGCUGGGUGCACACCCCGCACGGCGGCGGCGCCAGGACGCGGAGCGCUCCCCAGAGCCCAGCUGCCUCGCUCGGCUCUGGCGACCGCGACCAUGUUCCAGCCCACAGCCAAACGCGGCUUUACCAUCGAGUCCUUGGUAGCCAAGGACGGCGGCACCGGCGGGGGCACUGGCGGCGGGGGCGCCGGCUCCCAUCCCCUGGCGGCGGCCGCCUCGGAGGAGCCACUCCGGCCCACGGCGCUCAAUUACCCUCACCCCGGCGCGGCCGAGGCGGCCUUCGUGAGCGGCUUCCCCGCUGCCGCCGCCGCCGCCGCCGCCGCGGGCGCCGGCCGCUCGCUCUACGGUGGGCCCGAGCUUGUGUUCCCCGAGGCCAUGAACCACCCCGCGCUGACCGUGCACCCGGCGCACCAGCUGGGCGCCUCCCCGCUGCAGCCCCCGCACUCCUUCUUCGGCGCCCAGCACCGGGACCCUCUGCACUUCUACCCCUGGGUCCUGCGGAACCGCUUCUUCGGCCACCGCUUCCAGGCGAGCGACGUGCCCCAGGACGGGCUGCUUCUGCACGGCCCCUUCGCUCGCAAGCCCAAGCGGAUCCGCACGGCCUUCUCGCCCUCGCAGCUCCUGCGGCUGGAGCGCGCCUUCGAGAAGAACCACUACGUGGUGGGCGCCGAGCGGAAGCAGCUGGCCGGCAGCCUCAGCCUCUCCGAGACGCAGGUGAAGGUGUGGUUCCAGAACCGGAGGACAAAGUACAAGCGGCAGAAGCUGGAGGAAGAGGGGCCUGAGUCUGAGCAGAAGAAGAAGGGCUCCCACCACAUCAACCGGUGGCGCAUCGCCACGAAGCAGGCCAACGGGGAGGACAUCGAUGUCACCUCCAAUGACUAG